CCCAACCUAGCCAAUCCAUACAACCCGUCCAACCCAUUCAGCCCAUCCAGCCCAUCCAGCCCUCACUUGUCGCUCUCCCUCGCUCCAUCCCUCGCCUUCUCAUCUCAUACAGAAAAAGAAACAAUAAAUACUCACCUACCAAUGCCUACCCAACGCUAAUAAGGGCGUCCACACCCCCACAUCCGUCCCAUCACCAACAUCCUCUCUCCCUCACCAUCUCCUCUCAAGCUUCCGCUCUCCGCCAUGAUACCAUGCCGGGUACGCUCAUCCCGCCGUGGUAUGUUUCCCACCAGCCCUCGUGCGACGACCUGGUCGUCGUGAGCGUCGUCUGGGGCCUGUCCCUGGGCCUCAGCAUCUUUGGCUUCAUCCGCGCCGCCAACCAAACCUUUCACCAAUGGAAGCGCGCUCGCAGGGUCACGGCCUACAUGGUCUUCAUCUGGCUGGAGCUGGUCGCGAGCACCAUAAUCGGGGGGAUCGGAUGGGGGCAUGUGUAUGGGAGUAUUCCUGCUAGCUUCGAGCUAUUCUUCUUCAUCAUCAUCCUCUGGAUGUUCCAAAUCCACUGCAUCAUGCAAAUCAUCAUCAACCGCAUCGCCCUCCUCGCCGUUUCUCCCUCCACCGUUCGCCGCCUCCGCUGGGGCAUCUUUUUCACGCUGCUCAUUAUAAACAUCUCGGUCGGCGUCGUCUGGAUCCCGGCCCGCCUGCAAAUCAGCCCAAAAUGGAUACACGUCAACGACAUAUACGACCGUCUUGAGAAGGCCGUCUUCGCUGUCAUUGACGUCUGCCUCAACCUCUACUUUGUCCACCUUGUCCGCUCUUCGCUCAUUGAAUACGGCCUGACCAAGUACAUCUUACUGUACCGGUUCAACCUAGCCAUGGUUGCCGUGUCUCUUACCAUGGAUAUCCUCAUCAUUGCAACAAUGUCCCUGAACAAUACCUUUUUAUACGUCAUCUUCCACCCGCUCGCAUACCUUGUCAAGCUUCACAUCGAACUCUCCAUGGCCGACCUCAUUGCCAAGAUCGUCAAAGCCGCCGGGCCCGACCUCGCCUGCGCCUGCGUCUGCCACCAGAACAACGUCCGUCCCUUCGCCCAUCACCUGUCCGUGAACUCGCACAACAGCGCACCAGCCGAACUCGGCGGCGUUGUCAUCGCGCCAGACCGCAUGCGCCGCUCCUGGCCCAACUGGUCAGCGCCCUUGCGGAUUAUCCGCCGUGGCGGCGACGACGAGGCGCAAAGGGCGUCAGCCAGCAGGGAUAGCAUGGGACUGCGGAUGUUUCCUCGGACAGAGCAGGUCCGUGGACGGGCGCACAGUUUUGCGUCUCAGCCGCAGCGCAAAGAUUCAGGACUUGGCGUGUCCAGCCUGGCGAGUUCAAUGGGCCAUUCAAGCACCUCCAAGAGCACCACCUCCAAGAGCACCACCUCCAAGAGCACCACCUCCAAGAGCACCACCUCCAAGAGCACCACCUCCAAGAGCACCACCUCCAAGAGCAUCACCGACCACUAG